AUGUCAGCUUUGCAGAACACCACAUCCCCCUCCAUCAUUUUCCUGCUAACUGGUGUUCCUGGGCUGGAAGCCUUCCACACCUGGAUCUCCAUUCCCUUCUGCCUCCUCUAUGUAACUGCCCUCUCGGGAAACAGCCUGAUUCUCUUCAUCAUCAUCACUCAGCCCAGCCUCCAUGAGCCCAUGUACUAUUUCCUCUCCAUGCUGUCCACCACUGACCUUGGCCUGUCCAUAUCCACUCUGGCCACUAUGCUGGGUAUAUUCUGGUUCAAUGCCAGGGAGAUCAGCUUUAAUGCCUGCUUGUCCCAGAUGUUCUUUAUUAAAUUCUUCACUGUCAUGGAAUCCUCAGUGCUGUUGACCAUGGCUUUUGAUCGGUUUGUAGCCAUCUCUAAUCCCCUAAGGUAUGCCACCAUUUUAACUGACUAUAGGAUAGCUCAAAUUGGAGUAGCAAUUGUCAUCAGGGGGACCCUUAUGCUGACACCAAUGGUAGCGCUUCUUAAAAGGCUGUCCUACUGCCGUAGCCACGUGCUGCACCACUCCUACUGUUUCCACCCCGAUGUGAUGAAGCUCUCGUGCACAGACACCAGGAUCAACAGUGCAGUAGGGCUGACUGCCAUGGUCUCUACUGUUGGAGUGGACUCAGUCUUCAUCCUCCUUUCUUAUGUUUUGAUCAUUAAGACUGUGCUCAGCAUUGCGUCUUCAGAAGAGAGGAAAAAAACCUUCAGCACAUGUAUCUCCCAUAUUGUGGCUGUUGCUGUAUUCUAUAUCCCCUUGAUCAGCCUGUCCUUUGUUCACAGAUUUGGGAAACGGGCCCCUGCCUAUGUACACACCCUGAUUGCUAACACCUACCUGCUGAUCCCUCCUGUAAUGAACCCCAUCAUCUACAGUGUGAAGACCAAACAGAUACGUAGAGCUGUGAUAAAAGUUCUCCAUUACAAAGAAACAAAAUUAUAG